AUGAGCGAACAAGACAUCAAAUCUAACGUAAUGGAUAGUAUUUCCAGGUUUACGGAUCUCAUUAAGGCCAUUCGUAGACCUCCUCCACCUGAACAAGGUGAUGGUGUAUUAGAUAAACCUCUCACUAGUUCAGAAGUUAGCGGCAACCUCAUCAAGGAUAUUGAAGCCUUGGGACUCAAAGAAUCCGUCGAAGAUAUCGUUUUUACCAUCAAAUUGCUUGCCUUGGGUACUAAACCGUGGGAUGAUUCCCAAUUCCAGUUGGAAACGAUAGUGCGGAUUAUGUCAAAACUUCCAUCAAACAGUAAUCUCUUGCGUGAAGUAGAGAAACUUUUAAUAUCGGCUUUAUGGUCAGAUAUUUCCAAACCACCGAAUAUGUGGGCAAAUGAUUUUUAUCGUUCAGCAGAUGGUUCAAACUAUUCACGCGUAUACCCUGGGAUUGGAAAAUCCUAUUCAAAUUAUGCAAGAAAUGUUCGUAUCGAUCGCCCACCGCUUUUGAACGCUCCCGAUCCGGAAACUUUAUUUGAUACUUUAAUGGUUCGAAAAGAAUUCAAACCUCAUCCUUCAUCAAUUAGUUCAAUGUUAUUUUACCUGGCAACUAUUAUCACACACGAUCUCUUUGAUUCUUCACCGAAUGAACCACACAUUAAUCAAACAUCAUCUUACUUGGACUUGACACCUCUUUAUGGUAGAAACUUGAAAGAGCAAAUGAGCGUCAGACAGGGACGCCUUGGUCUUUUAAAACCUGAUACUUUUGCUGACCGGAGAAUCAUUAUACAACCUCCCGGUGUUUGCUGUUUAUUGAUUCUAUUCUCGCGUAAUCACAACUAUAUAGCUAAACGUCUCUUACAAAUUAACGAAAAUGGACGAUUCAGUGUUAAAGAUUCAAACGACCCAGAGGAACUUAAAAUUCAAGAUGAAAAUCUAUUCCAAACAGCAAGAUUGGUCAAUGGCGGCCUCUAUCUCCAUACCAUUCUUCAUGAUUACUUGCAUACUAUCCUUGGUCUUAAUAAGACUAAUUCCGAAUGGUAUCUCGAUCCCACUAAAAAUUUUCCAAAGGACACCUUAACUAACCCAACUCCAACUGGCAUGGGUAAUCAGAUAUCUCUUGAAUUUAAUUACAUCUACAGAUGGCACCCAGCAAUCUCCAAAGAUGAUGAAAAAUGGCUUGAUGACCAGUUUAAAAGGAUAUUGGGUACAGAUUACCCUAAGGAAGGAGAAGAGAUAACGGUUCCGGUAUUUCAAAAGAGAUUGAAGGAAUGGCGUGAAACGGUACCAUCAGAACCGGAAAAACGAACCUUUGGAGGUUUGGAACGCAUUAAAGAAGGUGAACUUAAAGGCACUUUUCGUGAUACUGAUCUAGUCAAGGAAUUGGUACAUGCCACAGAUCAAGUAGCAGGUUCAUUUGGAGCUAAUGGAGUUCCACGAAUACUUCGUGUAAUUGAAAUCCUUGGAAUUAAGUCAGCUCGUAAAAUGGGUGUUUGUAGUUUAAACGAAUUACGUCGUUUCCUCAAUUUGGAACCUUACAAAUCUUUUGAAGACAUGAACCCCGAUGAAGAAGUUGCCAAAAGUCUUCGCUUACUAUAUGGUCAUGUAGAUAAUGUAGAAUUAUACCCUGGUGUCAUUGUCGAAAAGACAAAACCGCCAAUGAUAGGAUCUGGAAUCUCUAUAAAUUAUACCAUCAGUCGAACGAUUCUAUCGGAUGCUGUGAACCUCGUCCGUAAUGAUCGUUUCAAUACAGACGAGCUGAAUCCACAUAACUUGACCAAUUGGGGUUACAAUGAAAUACAGUCUGAUCCGAAAAUUUCUGAAGGAAAUCUCCUAUAUAGGCUCCUUUUGCGUAACACUCAAGGAUGUUAUAAAUCGAAUUCUGUUUAUGCAAUGUUCCCAUUCGUCGUUCCGGCCAAAACCAAAGAAUAUCUUGAAAACAAAGGAACUGUUGAUCAAUAUGACUUUAGCAUACCGGCUGUUACCGAACAAAAACAACAAAAGACUCAUGUUGUGCGCAGUUAUCGUGCAUGUCACGAAAUCCUUUCAAACAAGGAUGCAUUUAACGUGGUCUAUGACCCAGUGAUGAAAUUUCUUAUGCGUGAUGUUGGGUACUUCCUUGGUUUCGAUGAUACAAAUGCUCAUGACCGAGAUCGAUCUCGUUUGGACAAAGCCUUUUAUCCUAAGGACCAUGACAAGUUUUUCUCGGGCAUCAAACAAUUCUUCUUGAAAACCACACAAAACUUGAUUGAUAAAAAGAAGAUAACAUUCGAUGGUAAAACUUACCAGAUUAAUGCGGUCCGCGAUGUUUGCAACCUAGCACCCGUACAUUUUGUAUCAGAAUACUUUGGUGUUCCUUUGAAAAUUCAAGAAUCACCUCACGGCGUCUACACAGAACAAGAAGUUUAUUUCCAACUUACCAUUAUAUUUAUGUAUAUCUUCGUCGAUACUGAUCCUGCAGAUAGUUUCAAACUCUCACAAACUGCCAAGAACGUCUCGGAGCAUUUGCAUGAUGUCAUGCAAAGAAUUGUCGAAAUAGUUAGCGGUGAAUCAACAUUAUUUGAAAAAGUCGCCGAUUCUCUUAUCGGUGCUGAUGUGAAAGUGUCCCCUCAAGCCGAACAGUUGAUUAAAAUUUUAAUGAGUCAAUACAAAGACUCAAACUUAGCUACUUGGAAUAUCAUCGGUACAAUUUCCGGUGCUGUCGCAAUUAUGGGUGAAGCGACAUCUAAGGUUGUUGAUUUCUACUUGCGUCCGGAAAACAAGUCACAUUUGGAAGAGAUUCGAAAAUUAGCUGAAAAGACUGACGAAGAGUCAGAAAAUUUGAUACUUGGAUACGUUCUUGAAGCGUUACGAUUUAAUCCAAGCAUUCCUGGCCUCUUCCGCCGUGCUACCGAAUCUAUCAGCGUUGAUAACGGAUCCGAGAAAUUCAACAAAGAUGAUAGAAUAUUCCUUUCUUUAAGUUCAGCUCAUAUGGAUCCCUCAGUCUUCCCAGAGCCAGACAAGAUUAACCCACGUCGUCCAUCUGAUUUAUAUUUAAUGUUUGGAUACGGCUUCCAUACAUGUUUUGCGAAACCAGUCAACUUUAUUGCCCUUCCGACAAUUGUCAAGACCAUUCUAAAGCUCAAAAACCUUCAACGCGCUUCUGGCAGAGCUGGUCAGAUCAAUCAAAUUAAAGAUGCUGCAUCUGAUUAUGUUUCUUCUCAGGGCACCAUUUUUUCAUUCCCAACUGAUAUGUUACUUAACUUUACAGACUGA